AUGAGCGAAACUCAAGUUGUGGAGCAGUUAAGCGUUGAGAAGCUGGAUGAUUCGGUGAAGAAGGAGAUGACUGAUAGUGGGAUUCAAGAGAAUAACUACAAUAGUAAGUUUUUUUUAUUUUAUUGUAAAGCUGACAACCUUUUUUUUAAUAUUUUUAUUUUUUAGAUAACACUUUAUACACUGUAACUAUAUAUAUUUUAAAAAUCUUUAAAAAGUUUUGUUUUUUGUAGAAAGUCUGGAAUCUUCAUUAUCAAAACCAUCUGAAAAACCUUCUCCAAACGGAGAUGUUUACCAUGAAAAUGGUCACAACGACAACUCUGACCAUUUCCAGAACCACAAUGCUGAUUUAAAAGCUGAAGAACAUCCUGAAGAAGACUUUGAACACAUUAAUUUGGAUUCAGAAGUUGUGAAGACAGAAGAGCAGCCAUUUGAUGCUGAUAAGAGUUUUGAAGAUGCUGUUAGUGAGAUCAGUGACAAAUUAGAUGCAAAGGUAGAAGAAUAUCUGGAUCAGCUGGAUGAACAAGAACAGAAGGUGCUAGAAGUCAUUGAUAAUGUGCUGAACAAACACAAAAGUGUCGAUGAAGACAAGGAGGGUCGUAGUGAAAGUGGCGGUGUUAAACAAGGUGAAGUUAACAAUGGCGGUGCUGAUCAAGAUAAAACUGAUAGUAGUACCGAUCAAGCCGAAAAUGUUAAUGUUGAUCAAGGACCACAUGAACAUACUAGUACUGAUGGCAAAGAUAGUACAGAAGACGUCAAUCAAGAAGGCGUACCCCAAGACGCUACAGAACCUUCAGCUACUGAACCUGCUGAAAGAAACGAUUUAGACAACCGUGUUCAUGUUCAGCUGACUCCAGAAGCUCUGGACGGCGUUACUGUAGAAGAAAAUACUAAUAUCGAAGACAAAGUUAACGUAGAACAAACUGAAGAGUCUAAAUUAAAAGAUUCUGUAAAGAAAGAAGCUACAGAAGCUUUUGAAAAAGAAGAGACACAUCUACACAAUACGGAAUCUGAGUCUUCGCUACCAAUUGAAGAGAAUCCUCAUGAUAAACAAAAUCAAGGAGAACAGUAUAAACAAGACGAAAGUAAUGUAGAAGCUACGCCAGAACCCGUUGACAACAUCGAAGAAACGUUUGAAAAAGUAGAAACGGUACCUUUAGCUGCAGAAGGCGCUACAGAAUUGGCUGAGAAAAAAUCAAAUGAUAAUAUUGUAGUUCAUAGCCAAGAAGCUUCAGAACUAGCACAAGAACAACUUGUUGAUAAAGUACCAGAGAAAGAACAAGAAAAAGAAAGCACCAACGUUGCACCAGUAGACUCUGUGAGUUUAGUUUAUGAAGCAACAGAAGCUGCAACUCGCUUAAGGAACGCUUCAGAAUCAGAAAUCAUCGCUGAUACUCCAGAACGAGUUGUUGAAGAGAAUAACGAACGGUUAGAAGAGGAAACAGCUAAACAAGAUUCUGAAGGUUUAUUUGAAUCACAAGAAGUUAGCCAAGAAGCUGAAGCAGAUUUUGAGUCUCAAGAUUCUAGACAAAAAUCUGAAGCUCUUUCUGAAUCUCCAGUCGCUCAAAUUGAAGGCGCGUUGGCUGGUAAUACCAAUGUUAUUGACGAAAACAAAGAAGAAUUUAAAGAAAACCCAGAAGAAACAAAACAAUCAACAGAAUCAAACGAAGAAGCACGAAAAGUAGAACAAGAAGAAGAAAAAGCAGUUGAACAAAACCAACAAGUAGAUGAAUCUUUGCCUGUAACUGAAAACGCAUCAGACGGCGCAGAAGCCAAUUUGGCGGCAAAUGAAGGCGCCAAAACACCGGAGAUCUUCAUAGAACAACAUGAUGAAGAUUUGACACAAAAUGAAGCAAUUGAAGACCAAAAAGCAGCUGAACCAAAUAAUGAAUUUGUUGAUGAGCCAGUUCGUGUUGAACAAUUACAGUCUUCUGAUGCUGUAGAACCUAAUACUGGGCUUGAAAGUGAAGUUGAUGCUAAAGAAACCGCAGAAGCUGAAGGUGAAGUUGUUGCUGAAGGUCAAGCUGAAAUUAAGGUUGAUAGUUCAGAUAGUCAAGUAGCCCCUGUAGAAGCAAAUAAAGCUUCUUCUGAAUUCAACAAUGACGCUGUCGCUGCUGAAUCAGAAGCUAAAGAAGAGGAUGUAGCUCAAAAAGCAUCUGAAACUCAAGACUCUCCAGUUCAAGACAAUGUUGAAGAAACGUUUGAGAAAGUAGAAGCUCCAGUACUAGAACAACAACCAAAUCUUGAUAAAAGUCCUUCAACUGACACUUUAUUGGAUGAGCAACAACCUCAAGUUGUAGUUAAUUCAGACGUGGCACCAAAUGCUUAUGACAACGUUACUAAAUUAGAAGUUGUGAAUGGUGAAGUAGAGCAUGAAGAAGAACAUAAACAUGAAAAGACUGGUGUUGCUGGCAAGAUUCUUAAAGUGUUCCACAACCUGAUCGAUCGACAUUUGGUUGAGCAAUGUAAGUUAACAUUACUUUUUGAUUUUACAGUAGGGUAUGGUAUGGUAGGGUGAAAUAAGGUAGAAUAAGGUAAGGUAGGGUCGUCUAUCAAACUGUUUAAAUAAUUCUGUGCCCCUUUCAGAUUAA